AUGAAUCAGUUAUCUACCAAUAUAAUAAUAAAUUCAAAUAAAGACAUUGAAAUUAAUAUUGAAAAAAUUCCAAAUUAUCUAACAAAACAAAAUAAAUCUUUCAAACAAAUUUUGCAUCAAGCACUGUCGAAAAUAACAACAACGUCAUCGGAUGAUACUGAUAAAAGAGAAGAAUUACGAAAAAUAGCGAUUCUAAUCUAUAGAAUAAUGCUUAUACAAUCUUAUCAACUUCUUUGGGCUGCAUAUUUAAAAUCAGGUAUGGGACAAUUGAUUAUUUCAUCGAAAAUAAAAUUAUCUUGUUCAACAACUUUAUCACUAUGGCCAAAAGAUAUCAAAACAAUGGUACAAUCAAAAAAUAUGGAUAAGACAAAUGACACCUAUUUAAAAUAUGUUAAUGAUCGUUUAAAUGAAUUAGAACAACAAUUAAGACAAAACCAAACCGAAUUGAAUAUUAAAGCCAAUCGUUUCCAAGGUUAUACAUCGUCAGUUCAAAAAAUGAUUGAAACAUAUAUUGAACAAAAUCUUUAUUCUAUACGUAUGGAAAUUGAACAUAAAGUACAACUUAUUCAUUAUGAUUAUCAUAUUCAUGCAUUGAAAUUAGAAUAUUUUCAUCAUAAUCCAAAUAAAUAUCAAGAACAACUAAUGAAACAAAUUUGUCAAAGUAAAUAUGCACAAGAAACAACAGAGCAAGAAUAUUAUUUCUUACAAAAACUAAUUGCUUAUUAUAAUUCACCAAAUCAAUCAUUUGAUUCUUCACCGAUAGCUCAUUCGACAUUACUUGAUUCUAUUGAAGAUCAAGAUAUUCGACAAGAAUUAUUUAAACAAUAUAAAAGCAUUGCCUUACAAUCUAGAGAGAGUUUAUUUGCUACGUAUAUGAAAUCAGCUGAAGAUCAACGACAACAAUAUAAAAAGAAACAUGAAGAGGAUAUAAAGACAAUGUAUUCAUCUAAACAUUCAUUGAAUGACACGGAAAAGUUAACUACAAUGAUGAUUCAUAUAAUCGAUGAACGUUGUCAAAAAAUAAGUGAACGUAUUCAAUGUAUCUAUAAAUUUAAAGUUCAAUCUAUCCUAUCGAAAUCUUAA